GACACAUCUCGAGUACUCAGAACGACGAAGAAAAUGUCUCCAAACAUGACUUGUGAAACUCUGCCUGCAUCUUUUCCUCCAAGGCUCACUGUGGCCAAAAGGAAAGAGGCUCUUGAGCUUAGGAAGACGAUGAAACCUUUGGUAGAAAAAAGAAGGCGCGCUCGUAUUAAUGACUGCCUGAACCACCUGAAAGAGCUGAUUCUCCCUCUCACUGGCAAAGAUAAAAGCCGUUACUCCAAGCUGGAGAAAGCAGACAUCCUUGAAAUGACUGUGAGGUUCCUCAGUGACAUACCGCCUGUCCACAACAAAAAUUCCACAGACAGCUACAAAGAAGGCUACAAAGCCUGCCUCCAGCGGGUCUCUGCGCUCCUCCCCAAAACCACCCUGGACCAGGAAGCUUCCCAGCGGGUGACCGACUUCAUCAAGCGGUCCAUGUCGGCCACAGCGAGCCGGUCGUGCCUCAACUGUUGCGCCCAGAGCUCCGCGGCUUUACCUCACAUCCAGCAGAGGCUGCUGAGCCUCAAGUCCAGCCUAGGCUGCAAACUGGACCGCUCGCGGCAGAGCGCAACCGCGGCGCUCCCCUCCAGCAGAGCUCAGCCAGCUCCACAGCACGAGCGCGUCACCAUGUGGAGACCCUGGUAG